GGCCAUGGCAGCCGUCGACACGAAGCCGAAUGCAAAGGUGAAUAAAUGGUCCUCUGUUCACUCACGUUUCCCUCCUCUCUUGCGCACUUCCCCGUUCCUUAACCUCUAGUGUCUCUUCUCCCUCCUCUAGUGCUUGCUUGCGCGAAGCAUCCCCCUGCCGUUGUUCCAUCAUUGACAUCGGGAGAAAUGAUCCUAUGGCGAUGAUGAUGAUGAUGAUGAUGAUGAUGAUGAUGGAUGAUGAUGAUGAUGAUGAUGAUCCUAUUGGCGAAGAUGAUGAUGAUGAUGAUGAUGAUGAUGAUGAUGAUGAUGAUGAUGAUCCUAUUGGCGAUGAUGAUGAUGAUGAUGAUCCUAUUGGCGAUGAUGAUGAUGAUGAUGAUUAUGAUGAUGGUGAUGAUUGUGAUGAUGAUGAUGAUAUGAUGGUGUACGCCGUGACCAUUGCGUUUGAGGAGACUAGAAAGCAACAAGAACAGUUGAAGGUCGAAGUGUCUCGACUUCUCGCUGAAGGGGCGGAGGAAAUCCGUCAGCUUCAAUCAGGACUCAGAGAAUUUGUCAAGUUCAAAGAGAAAGAUCGGCCUCCUGCAACACCCACACGUGGUUCAAGGAACAUUGGCGCGCAGCAGACGGGGGAAUCAUCGCUGGAAUUCACUCAUGCCGACUCCAAGGUGGCGGACGACGGUUCAAAUCAUCUCGAAUUCACGGCAGAACCUGUGACGGCGUUGAAAAAUCAACUGUGCACAGAGCGGGAAGCAAGGAUUCGGGCGGAGGAAGAGCUUGCGUUGAAGGAGGGGAUCUGCAAGGUGUUACUGGAUGUCACAGAGCAGCAGCGCGCGGAAUUGAGAGAUCUGGGGGAGAAGAUCGAGCAUAUCUUGACUAGAGAGAGGGAGAGGUCCAAGAGCAUCACUGAAGAAACUCUGCAUGCAUUGGAAGAGAUGCAGGCGCGGGAGAGGAGUCUUCAGGAGGAGCUCCAGGCUCGUAUGGAUCAAGAUGAAAGGCGAGUGUGUUCACUUCUCGAGAUGGAGAAGGAACUCAUUCAGCUAAGACAUCUCCUUAGAAAAGAGCGGGAGGUAAAACUUCAAGAUGAACGAGGAAUGAAGGAAUUGUGUAAAGCACUGCAGAGAGUACAGGAGAAAAAUAUGAAGCUUGAGGCGCGGAUGCAGGAGAUGCAGACAAAAGAAAGAGAGAUGGUGAUGGUCUUCCAGAAGACGCUGCUCAAGGCUUUUCAUGAGGUUGAGAUGUCCCAGCUGGAGGAGAAGCGGGCGUGGCAUCAGAUGGAAACGCAGUGGCAGGUCCAUGAAGAACAUCACAGCCGAGUGAUGAAGGAAUUGGAGACUCUGAGGACCUGCACUGAUGAAAUGGAGAAGAAGAUGUUUGAAGGCAUAGAUAAAGAAUGCAAGCUCAAAGAACGCCUAUCCGCAACGGUUCAAGAAACACGUCAAUGCCAAUUGAUGCUGGCAUCGGAGGUGAAGGGUGUUCUGUCUGGCGAACUCGGUUGGAUGAAAUCGAUGGAGGAGAACGUAAUGAAAGCUGUCGGAGCGAUGGAGGAUGCAAACAGAAGGGAGAUUCUAUUGCGUGUUGAGCUGCAGCAGGCACUGUCUCAAAAAGACGUGCACUUGGCUGCCAUGCAGAAGGAGAACCGUCUCCUCAAAGAAGAGAAAGAGAAAGGGUGGGACUGGAGCGUGCAGAAGGUGGCUUACAGAAAAGAGUUGGAAGAGAUCGAGGAGCUGCAGCGAAAGAAGGAAGGCCUGGAGAAGGAGUGCAGUUUGGUGGACCUCCACCGCAGUCGGGGAGUUACGGCCGUGUCGUACGUGUCGUUGAUGGCUGACCUCUAUCGAAGGCUGCUACUGCUUCUGCUAUGUGGGGUAGUAGAGAGAUACUCCAUGCAAGACACAACAAGUGUGAAGAAGAAGACGAAGAAGACGAAGAAGAAGAAGAAGAAGGAGAAGAAGAAGAAGAAGAAAGAGGAAGAAGAAGGAGGGAAGGGGAAGAAAAUCGAGAUUGGACAGCUUUUCUGCAUCUCUGCUUAAAGCACGUCCAGAUUCAGAAGCUAAAUCCAAUCCUCUUUGCUAAUGGGACCAUGCUCCAGGAUUUCGUCCAGAUUCAGGAGCUAAAUCCUAUCCUCUUUUUUUUUUUUUUUUUUUUUUGGAAGUGAAAACAUUUGGGAAAACUUUCUACAAUCCGUUUGCUAAGCAUAUAACAGCGAUUUCGUCAAAAUGGACGUUGUUUAUUUCUUGAACCAAAAUUGAAACCGAGUAAAUUGGCCUGAGUGAG